UUAAUUUUCAGUUACUUUCCAACUGUAUGUAAACGCUUUUGAACUUAACUUUCCAAUAAAAUCAAUAAAACUUUCUUUAAGCAUAUUUUUCCUUUGAUUUUUUUUAUCAUCAUGGCAACUGUACACUUUGUUGCAACUCAAGUACCACAAUCCAACAUUCCACGAUUUAAACGUGUUAUGGAUACUGAAGAAAAAAUUGUUCAUAAAUCUGAUCUAUUAGAAUCGAAUAUAACAUCUUCAAAAAGCAGAUUAAUCAAUCCAGAUAAGAAUAUUUCAAAAGGGUCAAAUGAUGUGAAUAAAAGUAUUUUAGAAGAUAAUUCAAAUCAACCUCAUUAUGGAUUUAACAAAUCUAAAAUACCAGAGAUAAAUGAUAAAACUACUAAAAAUAUUAUAGAUGAAAGAGGUCAUAGUUCUUUAAUUGAACAAACAACAGAACAAUCAAUGAUUUCACCUGAGAAACAUGAUUCCAAUAAUGAAAUUUGUACACCAUUACGUCCAAUUAAAGGUAGACGUACUCAUCUAUUUAAUCAACAUGCUAAUACCUCUGAUCAUUUAAAACAAAAUGAUAAUAUAUCAAUUAAACAAAAACCGCCAAAUUUAAAAUGUAAAAAAUUUAAAAAAUAUUUUAAAUCAUUUAUAGCUUUUUUAUUUUCACAUAUUGGUCUUUGUUUAGUUGUAGUUGGUUAUUGUUCAUUAGGUGCAUUAUUAUUUCGUUCAAUUGAACAAAAUUAUCAAGCUAAUUUAAUACAUAAUUAUACUACUGAAUUAACUAAAAAUCAAAUGAAUAUACAACGUUUAUUUAUAAAUUUUCAUCAUGAAUCAUUAAAAUUAUGUAUACAGAAUGUUCAAAAUUGGUAUCAUAAUGAAAUUCAAUGGAAAAAUGAUAUCAUGAAAAUUUUAAUUGAUUAUGAUUUUUCAAUAAAUCCCGCUAAUUUUAAAAUUGAAUUAGAAAAAUUUAAUCAAAAUUUGAUUAAACCAAUUAUACCAAAUAACCAAAUAAAUAAUAAUACUACUACUGAAAAUAAUACUACUAAUAAUGAUAAUAAUAGUAGUAUAAAUAUGAAUAUGAAAUUAUUAAAAGAAUUUGAAAAAAAUUUUACAAUUAAUUUAAAAUAUCAUACUGAAUAUAUUAUGUUUAAAACAAAUGAACUAAUUGAAAAAUUAAUACAUACAACAUAUGAUGCAUGUAAUGCUGGUUGGAAACCGGUACAUUCAAUGAAUAAUUUAAUAAUGAAUAAUAAGAACAAAUAUUCAAAUACAUAUUUACAAUGUUAUAAAUAUAAUAAUUGUACAUUGGAAAACAUUGAGCAUAAUCAUAGUGAUAAUAAUGAUAGUAGUCAAGUAAAUCAGCUACAAAAUACCACAUGUAAUUGUUUGAAUGAAACAAAAUGUUUAUGUGAUAAUAGAAUUCAAACAAAUAAUUAUUCAAAUAGAUUAUCAUCAAGUGGUGUUAUUGAAGAAUAUCGAGAUCCAUGGACAUUGACUGGAGCUUUAUUAUAUGCUGUUACUGUUAUUACUACUAUAGGUUAUGGACAUAUUGUGCCUAAAACAGAUCUUGGACGAGCAAUCACUGUAAUUUAUGCAUUAUUUGGUAUACCAUUAGUACUUUUAUGUUUAGCUAAUCUUGGUGGUUUUUUAGCUAAUACUGUUCGAAUUAUUUAUUCAAAUUCAUGUUUUAAAUAUCAUGAACAUCGUGUUAAAAAGAAAUUAUCUAAACAACAUAAUCAAUCCAUAUUACCAGUAAUAAGAGAUGAGAAACUAUCCAAUUCAUCCAAAAGAAAAUUACUACCUAAUCGUAAAACUAAACCAUCUAAAUUACAUAAUACUAUACAUGAAAUUAAUGAAACUUCAAUAGUUAAUAAUUAUAAUGAUUCAAAUAAAUAUACAUCAAAAGAAUCUAUUAAUCAAUUACAUAUGAAUGAUUAUCAUACAGCAAGAUUUGAAAAACGUGCUCAAUCUAUUCUACAUACAUUAACUAGUUCACAAUCAAUUAUAUCAUCAGGUAUACAAAAAGAAAUAAGAAAAAAUAAAGGAGUACAUGUACCAAUAUGGUUAACAUUAUUAGUAUUUUUUAUUUAUAUGAUAGUUGGUGCAAUUAUAUUUGCUAAAUGGGAAAAUUGGAAUUUAUUACAAUCAGGUUAUUUUGUAUUUAUUACAUUGUCAACAAUUGGUUUUGGUGAUUUUGUACCCGGUAUACAAACAGAUAAAUGGCAAGAAAAUUCUACAAAACCAGUAUUUUGUUGUUUUUAUUUAUUAUUUGGUUUAUCUAUGGUUGCUAUGUCAUUUAAUUUAAUGCAAGAAGAAGUAAAAACUAAAUUUAGACGAUUUGCUUAUAAAGUUGGUUUAGUUGAAGAUUAAAAAUAUAUUUUGUUUCUAUGGUUAAAAAAUAAAAAAAAAUUUUUUUUUGUUUUUAGGAAAAGAUAAUCUCUAUGAUUACUUGAUUAUUAUUCAUCAUUCUGAAAAAGUUGUCUUCAUCAAUAUACUUUGCUCUUUUUACAUGUUCCUUAAUUCUUAUUUGUUUGUUUGUUUAUCUACUUAGUUUCAUUGAAUGUGCCUCCAUUGAUUAAUUAUUUUAUGAUAUUCACAAUGAUUCAAUCAAAGUCAAAUUUAAACCUAACUAAUGUUGAAUUCAAUAGUUUCAAUGAUAAUAAUGGAUCAUUAAAGAAUGAAAACUGACCCCAAAAAAUAUCGAAUUUUUAUUUUACAUUGUUCAUAAAAAAACUAAAAACUGUAGUUGUGAUUUUAAUGUAUCUAUAAAUUUUAGUGCAAUAAAUAUGUAUAUUUAGGACUGUUAUAUGAGUCGAUUGUUAAUGUUUAUUAUAUAUACAUAUAUCUUAGUUUUAUUUUCUAAAUACUUAUCUGUGGAUAUUAUAGUAAUUUUAAUAGUUGAGAUCAUGAAUCAAUUGAAGCUAGAAUCUCGCGAGGCGAGAUCAUGAAUGCGCACUGCUGAGGAGUCUCACAAUAAGACGAAACGGCCAUUCAGUGCUUCUAGGUUUUCCAUGGU